AUGUCAAGUUUCGCAAUUCCCGUCUCGUCGUCCAUCGGCGGAAUUGACUUUGGGGUCAUGUCCGACGAGGAGAUAAAAGCGGUUUCGGUCAAGCGAAUCUACAACACACCCAGCUUGGACUCGUUCAAUAAUCCGGUCCCAGGUGGUCUAUAUGAUGCUGCUCUGGGCGCAUGGGGCGAUCAUAUAUGUUCUACAUGCCGCCAAAACUCCUGGUCUUGCGCCGGUCAUGCUGGCCACAUAGAGUUGCCCGUUCAUGUCUACAAUGUUACAUUCUUUGAUCAGCUGUAUCGGCUACUCAGAUCUCAGUGUAUAUACUGUCAUCGGUUUAGAAUGGCCCGCGCUCAAAUCAAUAACUAUGCUUGCAAAUUGCGACUCCUCCAAUAUGGACUAAUUGAAGAAGCGCAUACCGUGGGGAAUAUGGAACUACGAAAAGGUGCACGCGGUAGGGACGACUCCAGUGAUGACGAUAGCGACGAUGAGGACGAUGUCGACUUGAUGCAGCGAAGGAAUGCCUACGUCAAGCGUUGCAUUGCCAACCUACCGGCCGGGAAAAGGAACAGGAACCACCUUGAAAUUGUCAAAGAUCCCACAGCAGCGGAGAUGCGACGGAAUUUAGUGCGGGAUUUCUUAAAGGAUGCCUCUGCUGUCAAAAAGUGCACGUCAUGCUCAGGGAUUUCCCCGUCUUAUCGCCGAGAUAAGUACUCCAAGAUCUUCCGAAAAUCCCUUCCCCAGAAGGCCAGAAUGGCCAUGAUGGAAGCAGGGUUUCAGAUACCCAACCCUCUUGUUCUGAUGGAGGAGGCCAAUCAACUAGCUAAAAGACAAAAGGAUGGAAAAAAACCCAUGAAACCAACAGAGCCGCUUGGCAAUGACGACUUGCACAGUGCAGAGCAACAAAUAUCCUUGGGUAAUGCUAUGUUAAUGGAUGUCGAAGAGGCCGCAGUAUCCCAAACAGAACAUGCCGAACCUCAGCAGUAUGUACCUUCUUCGGAGAUUCAUGCGUCUCUUCACUUCCUUUUCAACAAGGAACAAGAGAUUCUUGACUUGAUAUAUGAUUCUCGCCCUUUUGUCAAAAAACGGUCCCACAUCAGUGCAAAUAUGUUCUUUAUUAAGAACAUCCUCGUUCCCCCGAACAAAUUUCGCCCAGCAGCGCAACAAGGUCCGAAUGAAAUAAUGGAGGCCCAACAAAACACUUCUUUCGGCAGGAUUAUCAAACUAUGUGACCAAAUCAAUCAAAUCAGCAGAGAGAGACAGGGUGAUACGACCGGGACAUCGCGGAGAAUUCGCGAUUAUCGUGACCUGCUUCAGUCGAUUGUCCAGCUUCAAGAUGCUGUAAACAGUCUUAUCGACCGAGAUAGAAAUCCCUCGCAAGGGCUAGGUGCACAGAAUGAGGAUGGUAUAAAGCAGCGGUUAGAAAAGAAAGAUGGUCUCUUCCGAAAAAAUAUGAUGGGAAAGCGAGUCAAUUUUGCUGCCAGAAGUGUUAUCUCUCCGGAUCCAAAUAUCGAAACAAACGAAAUUGGUAUACCUCUUGUCUUUGCGAAAAAAUUGACGUACCCUGAACCAGUAACGAACCAUAAUUACUGGGAACUGAAACAAGCUGUGAUCAAUGGACCAGAUAUAUACCCCGGUGCAGCCGCUGUUGAAAAUGAACUUGGUCAGGUAAUCAGUUUAAAAUAUAAGUCUGUUGACGAAAGAGUUGCCAUUGCCAACUUGCUUCUCUCACCAUCAAAUUGGAAACUCAAGCGCUCGCGCAACAAGCGAGUCUAUCGGCAUCUUACGACAGGAGAUGUUGUUCUCAUGAAUCGACAGCCCACUCUCCAUAAACCAUCCAUAAUGGGCCAUCGUGCGCGGGUCCUAACGGGUGAGAGAACGAUCCGCAUGCAUUACGCCAACUGUAAUACCUACAAUGCUGAUUUCGAUGGUGAUGAAAUGAACAUGCAUUUCCCACAAAACGAAAUCGCCCGUGCCGAAGCCAUGCAACUUGCAGAUACCGACCAUCAGUACCUUGUUGCCACGUCUGGAAAGCCACUUCGCGGUUUAAUUCAGGACCAUUUAUCUAUGGGCGUAUGGCUCACUUGCAGAGACAGCUUCUUUGACGAGGAUGACUACCAUCAGCUACUUUACAGUUGUUUACGGCCGGAAAAUUCGCAUACCGUAUCAGAUAAAAUUUGGCUUAUACCACCUGCUAUCUUCAAACCACGGCCUCUUUGGACGGGAAAGCAAAUAAUAAGCACCGUUUUGAAGAAUAUCACACCAGAUAAUCGGGCUGGCCUUAAUCUAGACAGCAAGUCGUCUACCCCAGGAAACCGCUGGGGUGAUAAUGCAGAGGGUGAUGUCACUGUCAGAGAUGGAGAAUUGAUAUCUGGAAUUCUCGACAAAAAUCAACUCGGUCCAACUGUAGGUGGCCUCAUUCACUCCAUCCAUGAAGUAUAUGGCCAUAUCGUUGCUGGCAAAUUAAUCGGAAUUCUGGGCCGUCUAUUGACCAAAGUCCUCCAUAUGCGAGCAUUCACCUGUGGGAUGGAUGAUCUUCGUCUUACAGAAGAAGGCAAUGCUAAGCGCAAGAAAUUAAUCCAACAAGCGGACAACCUAGGUAAUGAAAUUGCUCUAAAGUACGUUACUUUGGAUGAAAAUAAAGUCGAAGAUGAGGAUGCUGAGCUCAAGCGGCGCUUGGAGGAGGUGCUGCGUGAUGAUGACAAGCAUGCCGGUCUUGAUGGAAUGUACAAAUCGCGUACGGGUGAACUCUCUUCAGAAAUAACUAAAGCCUGCCUGCCUAGUGGCCUGGAGAAGCCAUUCCCCUUCAAUAACAUGCAGACUAUGACUGUCUCAGGUGCUAAAGGUUCUAUGGUUAACGCCAAUUUGAUUUCUUGCAAUCUUGGCCAGCAGGUUUUGGAAGGUCGCCGAGUUCCUGUCAUGAUCAGUGGUAAAACGCUUCCAUCUUUUCAACCAUAUGAAACCAAAAUCGGAGCCGGUGGAUAUGUGUUCGGUCGUUUCCUUACGGGAAUUAAACCACAUGAAUAUUAUUUCCACGCUAUGGCUGGUAGAGAAGGUCUUAUCGAUACUGCGGUCAAAACCUCACGAUCUGGUUACCUACAGCGUUGUUUAAUCAAGGGAAUGGAGGGAUUGAAGGCAGAGUACGAUACCUCUGUACGUGACACCUCUGAUGGAUCCGUGGUACAGUUUUUGUAUGGAGAGGAUGGACUCGACAUCACGAAACAAAAACAUUUGGACAGCUUCACCUUUUUGGCACAAAACUACAUGUCGAUAGUGUCCCAGGUCAACGGGGUCAAGGAUUCCAGUAAGAUUCAUAGCGAAGAAGCAAGCAAUUGGAACAAGGCCGCCAUGAAGAAGAUCAAAAAGACAGGGAAAAUCGAUGCUAAAGAUCCUGCAUUGGCUCUAUUUCCACCUGGCGCUAACUAUGGUAGUACCUCUGAGAAGUUUGCUUCUGCCCUCAAAAAGUAUAUGAAAACCAACCCCGACAAUUUACUCAAGGAGAAAAGCAAAGCCGAAGGUGAAAUUUCCAAAAAAGCUUUCACCACGAUGAUGAACAUAAAAUACAUGAAAUCAGUCAUUGAUCCCGGUGAGGCUAUAGGUAUUGUUGCUGGCCAGUCUGUUGGUGAGCCAUCAACCCAGAUGACUCUAAACACUUUCCAUUUAGCUGGCCACGCAGCCAAAAAUGUUACCCUAGGUAUUCCUAGACUUAGGGAGAUCGUAAUGACGGCAAGCAACCAUAUCAUGACACCGACCAUGACAUUGAAACUAAACAAGGAGACGGAUAGAAAGACUGCGGAGCUGUUCGCUAAAGCUAUUACCAAGCUGACCCUUGCGGAAGUUGUUGAUAAACUGAAAGUUCGAGAACGCGUCUCAUCUAAAGGGAAUGCGAAGGCCAAGGUCUAUGAUAUCCAGAUCGAUUUCUUCCCGUCAGAAGCGUAUUGCGCUGAGUACGCCAUUCAAAUAAAUGAUGUUCUCCGAACGCUCGAGGAGAAAUUUGUUCCCCGUCUCGUUAAGCUCACUGAACUAGAACUAAAGAAGCGCACAGCUGAAAAAUCGCUAUCCAGCCCUUCUGCUGCUCAACCCGAAAUCGGGGCCUCUGUUGGUGUCGUAGAGGAAGCUAGACGGGAGGGAGGAGACAAUGACCAAGACGACGAUGAAGAUAUGGACGAUGCCAAACGGGCCAGCUCCUCACGUAAUAAUUCAGGCCAAGCCUCUUAUGAAGCCCCUGAUGAAGGGGAGCAAGAAAUCAUUCGAAGACAAGACACGCCCGAGCUUGAUUCUGGCGAUGAGGAUACAGAAAAUAAGCCAAAGUCCACAACAGCGGACAAUAGUGAUACUGACACAGAUAUGGAUGAUUCCGGUCAUUCUAAAGCUAAGAAAGCGGCCAACGAUAGAGACCGCGUGGAUGCUCUCAAAGGCAAAUAUCCUGCCCUUACCCAAUUCAAAUUCGACUCAGAAAAGGGAAACUCCUGCACCAUCCAGCUUCAAUAUGAUAUCUCUACGCCGAAGCUUUUGCUUCUUCCCUUGGUCGAAAAUGCAGCCCGAAUAUCGGUGAUACAGUUCAUUCCUGGGCUCGGAAGUUGUGUAUACGUACCGGCUGACCGGGAUGAACCCGAACAUGUGUUAACAGAAGGUGUAAAUUUGAUUGCAAUGCGCGAUUACCAAGAUAUAAUUGACCCGCACUCUAUUUACUCAAAUUCCGUCUCCCAUAUGCUUGGACUAUACGGAGUUGAGGCAGCAAGAGCAACUAUUGUCAAUGAAGUUGGUGCCGUUUUCGAUGGCCACGGCAUCAAAGUUGAUAAUCGACAUUUAACCCUAAUUGCUGAUGUCAUGACUCAAACUGGUGGAUAUCGCCCAUUCAAUCGUAUGGGAAUUGUUAAAGAUAGCACUUCUCCACUGAUGAAGAUGAGUUUCGAAACAACAGUUCGCUUCCUUCGGGAUGCGGUUCUAGAGAGAGAUUGGGACAACCUCAAUGGCCCAAGCAGCAGAAUUGUUGUGGGCAGGGUUGGAACUGUUGGAACUGGCGCUUUCGAUGUACUUGCUCCUGUUGGAUAG